GUCCUUCUCUAUUUCCCAAACACUAUUGCAACAACUUAUUAACUUAUAAAAGUCAAUAAGUUAAAAGUUGAAAGAAAAUAAGGAAUGCCAAACACCACCUAUAUCACCAGUGACUCCAGUCUUCUUCUUCAACUCUCUGCAACACCGAUUACUUUCGAUCUGUAAGACUGUAACAACAUCAUGGCUUCUGCCGAUGACUUUGUGAAGGGGAACGUCUUGCCAAACGGCGUCGCUGUUAUCACUCUCGAUCGUCCCAAAGCUCUCAACGCCAUGAAUCUAGAUAUGGAUUUAAAGUACAAAAGUUUUCUUGAUGAAUGGGAAACGGACCCAAACGUGAAAUGUGUGCUGGUUGAGGGAAGUUCAUCACGAGCUUUUUCAGCAGGAAUGGAUAUAAAGGGGGUCGUUGCUGAAAUCCAAAAGAACAAAAACACGCCUCUUGUGCAAAAGGUGUUUGCGGCCGAGUAUUCUCUUAUUUGCAAAAUAUCUGAAUACAAAAAGCCAUACAUAAGCUUCAUGGAUGGUGUGACAAUGGGAUUUGGUAUUGGUCUAUCUGGACAUGGUCGCUACAGAAUUAUAACAGAGAAAACUCUUCUUGCUAUGCCAGAGAAUGGAAUUGGUUUGUUUCCGGAUGUUGGGUUUGCUUACAUAGCAGCACAAAGUCCAGGAGAAGGAUCAGUUGGUGCGUAUCUUGGAAUAACUGGAAACAGGAUUUCUACUCCAGCCGAUGCACUUUAUGUAGGUCUUGGGACUCACUUUGUUCCAUCCGGAAAUCUGGGCUUACUUAAGGAGGAACUUUUAUCAGCUACAUUUUCUGAGGAUCCACAUCAUGAUCUCCAAGCAAUAUUGGCAAAUCACAGUAGCACACCCGAAUCGGAGCCCCGAUUGAAGUUACUCUUGCCUCGUAUAAUUUCAACAUUCGGUGCAAAUAAGUCUGUUAAAGAAAUAAUGGAGGAACUUGAACAACAUAGCCAAAGUGCUGAUACGACAGUUUCACAGUGGGCUACAGAGGCUCUUUCGGGGAUUAAAAAAGGUGCUCCGUUUUCUCUUGUUCUUACACAAAAAUAUUUCUCUAAAGUCGCCUCUGCGCGCGGAAAUCAUGGUAACGAGUUGUCCAAGUUAAAUGGCGUUAUGAAAUCCGAAUACCGAAUUGCAUUAAGGGCUUCACUUCGAAGUGAUUUUGCUGAAGGGGUUAGAGCGGUAUUGGUGGAUAAGGAUCAGAAUCCCAAGUGGAACCCACCAAGCUUAGAGGAAGUUGAAACAAGUGAAGUGGAAGUUCUUUUUGAACCAUUAGGCUCGGAGGCCGAAGAACUCUGUGUUUAAAUCAUCUUCGUCUAGUCAUCCAGUGACAACUACAUUAGCAUUGUAAGUUUUAAGAGAUCUGUAUGUGUGAUACAUGUACUCAUAUAAAUUGUUUUUUCUGUAGUUUUAGAUUCCCGAUGAUUCCAGCGGCUAAACAAGUGAUGUGAAUUAUAGGACACGAAAUCAUUACAUAAACCUAACAUAAACUUCGUGGGUUUUGUAUAAGUCGAAAAAUUGAGUUAUUGGUCA